AUGGCUUUGUGCGAAGCUACAGUUUUUUCUCAGAAAUAUACUUUGAAAAUAGAGUUUAACAAUAAGAAAUCAGAUAACGAGCUGUUAAGAGAACUUGAUUCUCAUUCUUUAACCGAGUGUGCCGCGAUGUGUCAAGGCGAGUGUAGUUUCUAUGGAUUCCAUCCACAGAUGAAGAAAUGUCGUACCCACAAGAGGGUUUUCACGUCGGGAGUGUCUAAUGAGGGUGGCUGGAGAUACUACUCACACCACUCACAGGACUCAAUUCCCUUAGAUUGUAAAGAUCUUCAUAGAGGUAAUGGCUCUAUUUCCGGUGUGUACGAUAUUUACCCGUAUCGCACCAUUUCCAUUCCUGUCACCGUGUACUGUGAUAUGAAGACAAUGGGCGGGGGAUGGACGGCAAUUCAAAAACGUGUAAACGGAUCCGUGAGUUUCGUCAGGAACUGGGCGGAAUAUAAAAGUGGAUUUGGUGCCCCAGAACUGGAUUACUGGAUUGGACCUGCCACGGGAACCUUAGGCGACCGAAUGUUAGAUUAUGGGGACCCUAACAGAGAUCUGUCUGGGAUGUACUUCUCGACCCCAGACAGGGACAAUGACGGGUAUAGUACAUUACACUGUGCUGCAGCUAAUACCGUUAGAGGAGGCUGGUGGUUCAACGCCUGCAACCUCGCCUUCCUUAACGGGCAAUGGUCCCCGGGGUCCUGGAACAACCCGUGGUAUCCUACAGUGAGAGAUGGAUUGUCUAUAAGGGGGACCGCAAUGAUGUUAAGGCGUCACUAG